CAGUAUUUAUUGGUCUUUGUCGGUCUUUAGUAUAUGACCCAACGAAAAACAAUUUUUGAUAUAUCAAAAACAUUUCUUGGUGACUUUAACGAUGAAUUAUGGGAAACAGCAUCAGUAACGGUGAUUAUGACGAAGAGCGAGAAUUUAGAAACAUGGAUGAAAGCAGUUCUGAAAAUGAAGAUUUGAAUGAUAAGGACAGUCAGGUACUUACAGAUUUAGAUAACCUGUUCAAACAUGCAGACCUUAGAACAAUAGCUGCCAAGAUCAAGGAGGACAUACCAGAGAAUGUUAUACAGCAACAUAGGUACCAGAUUAUUCGCUGGCUGGAUGACCGGGAAGCAAAAAGUGAGGAAACGGUUACACUGGCCCAGUUCUGUGACAUGCUUAUGAAUAAACCUGGUGUGUCAAGGGAAGAUGCCAUCAGAGCAUUCCAGCAGUUUGAUACAGAUGGGAGCGGGGUGGUGGAAGUGAGCACGAUUCUUUCUGCCAUCAAAUAUUCAAAUGGCCCGAACAUGAUAGGAGAGCUUGGCAAGAGUAUACGUAUGCUGCAAGCAUGCUCUCUCACACCUGGUUUUGUAGAUGUAUAUUCAGAGGACAAGAAUGCUGUUAGUCAACAUGCUGAGAGGAUACUCAAGUAUUUGUUGAGAAAUAGAGCACCUAGUCACAGUUUACCAUUCCCACACCUGAAUGGUUUUAAUAAUACAUCUAGCAUGAGACUGUCUGUACUGAAAAAUACUUUCAAUCAACUUAAAGAUGCUGCACGAGGCGAGCUAGCAGAAACAUCUCUGUCUGAUGGAGAGGAAGUGAAGCUGUUAAACCCAUGCUUCAGUUCUAUUGAAGUCACCUCAAAUAACUCUGAUGCUCACAGAUUGACAAAUGGUUUAACACAUACAUUCUGGCAAUCAGAUGGAGCUGCCAGGUCACAUUUCAUCAGACUUCACUUUAGGAACAAUGUUGUUGUAAAGCUUCUAUCUAUGAAUGUUGCGUCAGCUGACUCGAGCUAUAUGCCGGAGCACGUGACAAUUACGGCGGGGAGAAACGCUCACAGUCUACGUGAGAUCAAGGAUAUCAGAAUACCUAGCAGCCUUACUGGAGAUGUUGUCUUACUGAAAAAUGCUAAAUGUCACUACCCAAUUAUACAAAUUAAUAUCAAGAGGUGUAGGAAUGAUGGCUGUGACACUAGAAUUCAUGGGAUAAAGGCAAUCGGAUACAAGGUAGUAAAGGAGUCGGGUAUCAGUGUAUCAGACUCGGCAGCUGUCUGGUUUCUACAAGUUCUUGCCUCCACGGUAACAGCUUCAAUACCACUGGCCCCAGCAUUACAGAAAAAUAUCAUAGAACAUUCAAAAAAUGCACUUGAGCAUAUUCCACCAAUGACCCUAAGUCCAGCUUGUAGUGAUAAACCACCUUUCCUGACUAAACUUGUUCUGCAAGAAGUAGAAAAAUUUAUUACAGAUGUAGCUGUGUAAGUAAUACCUUAUAUUUGAA